CCGAUAUGUUUGUUAUGACCAUAAAUUUCACGUGCUUCUUCGGUUACGCGUCCUCACCCAUCCCCGAAGAGUGCGCGCGGUCAACAUCCGAGUUCCAAGUUCGGCGUAAUGUUGACAAACUUUCAACGUGAGUGUCCUCCGGCCGAUGAUGGGUCAGAUGCCGGCAUUCGGGUGGCGCACGCGUCCUGCCGUCGCCUGAAUUUAGACCGGAGGGAACUCAUAGCCAAUGCUUCUGCGAGGCAGCUUCGUCAUUCGUGUCGCAGACAAGCUAGGGUGAAGUCCUUGUUUUUCGCGGUCGGAUACAUUUUUCUCCCUACCCACCCGUCCUGAUGGACUGAAAAUUUUCAUCUUUAUUGUGGGUGGAGUGUGUGAGGUGACGAUAUUUUUUCUCAUCCAAACUGGCCUCUUUGUUCUCGCGUGUGUGGCAGAAUAAUUAAAAAAGGUGUUUGAUAGGCUUAUGACCCACUAUUUGAAUGGUUUGCAAUGAGGCAUAGUGCCAUCGCGUUGCUGUAAAGUGUACAAGUUCCAUAUUACAUUGUGCUGUAAAGUGUGUCGUAAUCGAUCGAAGAAGAAGUAAAUUGCGGCGCAAUCGAUUAUUACGAUUGUUAGAAGAAAGUUUUACAUUGUUGGAGCGGCCGAAGAAUGUAAAUUUUCUAGUUUCACCCAUCAAGAUGUCCCUAAAGGUUGUAUAGAGGGCCUUUGCGUGUAAAGGUGGUUUUCCACGGGCAUCGCGUGAAAAGUGGAUAAAAAUCAACCCAUCCAGUCAGCAGCACGGAGCACCGAGGAAGUUUGAAAAUUUCCUCUAACCUGCUGGUGGCGGUCUGACGUAAGGGCCCCAUGUGAACGUCGCCGUGUAGCAAAGGAAGAUAAUCGUUUUCUGUGUGUGUUUUGGUAUAGUUACCGUCUCCGAAAUCAGUGCUGCGUGGGUGGAAGGCGUUUUCACGUGUAUCAACCCGAAAAGCUGUUCAAUUUUGUAUAACUGGGUGAAGAAAAGCAUCGGGAAUAAAGAGUUGUGAUGAACAGUGAUAAUUUUAUUGUUUUAAAGUGUAUAAAAUGCCUUUGUAGGGAUACAAAACUACCAAAACUGUAUUAAAACAUAGCAUUCAAAUGCUUGACAAAUAAGAAAAUUGCAGAAAUAACUGAAUCGACAAGAUAUCAAACGAAAAAUUAGUUCUACUACAAAUGUUCAAGGAAUUCCAACUCACAAAACAGUUGUGGAUAAGUGUAUAAAUAAAUAUGCACUCGAAUUAGGCGCAGAGUGUGAGCUUCCAAUCCAAUUACCCAUCUUGUCGUGGAACCGGAACGCUCUAGUGGGGGUCGGUUCGAGUGCGAAGAUAAAGGAGUUCUAGUGAGUUGGCUGUGGGUGUCCGUUUCGUGAGUGAGUGUCAUACUGCUGCGCUGCUGCCGCCGCCACCACCGUCAUGGAUCAGCAUCCACUUUUGCUGGCAAGUGAAAACAUCCAUGACAGUGGUAUCAUCGAGGAUGUCCACCAGGAGUCGGAGGAUACCGGCAACGAGGAGUACGGAGACGAAAGCAAUUUAGAGUCCAAUUUGCGUCGCCGAAAAGGAAAAAUCAUCUCGUGCGUCGAAAACGCAUCCAGACUGAUCCGACGUCGAGUGCCUUGUGCGGGGCACCUGAUGACGCCACGAAGGCUAUGGUUGAACAAGAUUCCCACCCAGUGCGACGUGGUGAUUGAAUUUCCAGAGGAUGCACCGGACGACGCACUGCGAUGGCUGUUAAGUAAGAUUAAGGCAACCCCACCAGAAGGCUUAGGUCUAUCGGCACUGGUGAGAGCACACGACAGUACAAAACGAACCGCUUUCUAUGUCACAGCUCCGAUGAAUGUGUUGUUCAAAGCGGCAGAGGAAGCACGUUUACCGAAAAGACUUCGAACGGACCUCGGUGGGGCACUGAAGGAGUUUACGAAACGGGAAAGCCACUGUUUCGCCCAAACAAAGGACAGCGAUGGCGCAAACACGUUAUUUACCUCCCAAGAACGACAGUGGCUGGUACUACAGGUACUACAAGGACUGAGAGCCGGAGCUUCGGAUCUGAAAGCACUACAAGGAAGGGCACAGGUCGAGGAGGGUCAGAGCAUAGUGGCCGCCUGGCAGGAGCUGGGCCUGAUAACACAAGUGUUUCCUCUACACGAAACAAGCGCCUUACAACAGUUGCAGUCCAGUUGGGUCCGGAAGUUUUUUGCACCCCAGCCGUUAGAUGAUAUUGCGGCGUACUUCGGAGUGAAAGUUGCUUUAUAUUUUGCCUGGUUGGGCCAUUAUACGUGCGCCCUGUGUGUUCCUGCCGUGCUAGGGACGAUUCUGUAUGUCGGCCUGUGGGGUCGCGGACAGACCGCUCAGGAUAUUGGCCAUGUAAUCUUCUCUCUGUUCAACGUGGCGUGGGCGUCAUUAUACCUGGAGGCCUGGAGGCGAUAUUCCGUCGAAUUGGCCUUCCGGUGGGGUACACUUUCGACGCCACCAGAACUACUGGAACCUCCAAGACCGCUGUAUAAAGGUCCACUGGAGGAAAGCCCCGUAACGGGGCGACUGGAGCCUCGGGAAGCUCCCGCAUGGCAGCGACGUGCGUUUCGGUACCUAGUUAGUUUUCCAAUUAUUGGACUCUGUUUAGUGCUAGUGUUUGUAGUGAUGUUCCUAAUGUUACGACUUCAGGAUUGGCUCGAUCAGCACCUACCAAAUUCCAACGAUGGCCUCUGGGAUUGCAUGUGCAUGGCGUCGAAGGACUGGUGGGACGAGAAACUCCCGGAGCAAGGUAUUUUCAGUUGUUUGAGUGUGAUACCGAAGGUCCUGCUGGCCGGCGCCAUCACGCUGAUGGACGAAGCGUACUACAAGUUGGCAGUCUGGCUGAACGACAGAGAGAGUUAUCGACUGCAGUCCAAGUACGAGAACCAUCUAAUCGCCAAAGUGGCUCUGUUCCAGUUUGUGAACAGCUUCCUGUCGCUGUUCUAUAUUGCAUUCUAUCUUCGCGAUCAAGAUAAGCUGAAAGAGCAACUGGCUGGUUUGCUCAUAUCGCGACAAAUUAUCGGUAAUCUUCGUGAGUCCGCGUGGCCGUAUUUGGUUGAGCAGUGGAAGCUGGCAAAGUUGAGUUUUAAAAUGUGGGGCGCACUGAGUCCAACUCAAGAAGCUCCUCCGCCUCCUAGCGAGAAUAAGCAAUUGGGCGACAGCAAAAGUUCCUCGGAUUGCACUUCAUCAACACCGAAGCGGUCCAUAAAUCAGGCCGAAAUUGAGAGCUCUUUGUACAAGUAUGAUGGAACGUUCUCCGACCACCUGGAAAUGUUAGUUCAGAUGGGAUAUGUUGUAUUGUUUUCCUCAGCGUUUCCACUGGCUGGACUGUGUGCUUUGGCGAACAAUUUGCUGGAAAUACGAUCCGAUGCAUUCAAGCUAGCCCAUGUACAUCAGCGGCCUUUCGGGCAACGGGUAGCAAACAUUGGCACGUGGCAGAAUGCCCUGGGGAUGCUUGGGUUGGCGGCUGUGAUAGUGAACUGUGCUCUCAUUGGUCUGUCCGGGCAAGUUUCGCGGCUUUGGCCUGGAUUAACGUCAACACAGACCGUGAUACUGAUAGUUGCCCUGGAGCACGUGAUGCUGGGAUUGCGGUCGGCACUGACAUGGCUGUUGCCUGAGCUUCCUUCGUGGCUCGCUGCCGAGAUCGCCCGUGCAGAACACUGUCGGCGAGAAAUGCAAUGUAAAGGACCUUCACCACGACAGACCCCACCGUCUCCACCGUCGUCGACAUCGCUUUCGCACCAUGACCAGGACUUUAAUAGCAGCCAGGAUAUAUUUGACCGGAAUGAACAAUCCGUUGGCAGAUUUCACAUCUCCUCUAGUCACGAUAAUCAGGAAAACGAUUUAGAGCGGGUCACUCUGACGAAUGUGGCAGCCAAGCUCGACAAUCUGUCCAGCCAACAGAUACAACAACAGCAACAACAACAACAGCAGCAGCAACAACACGCACAGCAACAUCACCAUCAUCAUCACCAAUCAGCACAACACCACCAGCAUCAUCAACAACAGCACCACAUCCUACAGCAGCAGCAGAAAGAGUCGCACAGUAGUCACGAUAAUAUGGACAUCUUUGCCACCGAAACCCGUGAGGUCACACCGGAUUCGCCGAUUUCACAGACCAGCACAGUAUUAUUACGACCUCUCCAAGAUUCUCCCCUUAGUGGUCAAUCAGCACAAACUGUUGCAUUAGAAUCUACACAGUCGAACUCAGGUGCAUGCCCAAAGAAGCCAAGCAUUAAGCUCGCUGAAAUUCCGCCAUUCCGUGGACAGUCGAUGAAGCACAGUUAUAGUAUUUACGAUAAGCGAAGCAUCAAUCUUGGUGAAAGCAUGAGUCCACGGGUGGCAUCGCAGCCCAUCCAAAUCCCAGAGAUUCCACCUUUCCGCAAGCAGGCACAUUCCACCAUGCACUCGCCCGUCACUCAGAGCCCACAGAACGUUUCCUCGGCGAACGCUUCGCCACCGAGAAUACCGGAAAUACCUCCCUUCCGGCCACGCAUCAAAUCCAAAGAAUGGAUGCCCAACAUCGAGCACACCGAACACCACCUCACGAUUGGGCCUAGUGGAGGUGCCGAGUGGGCGAAGCGUUUGAAGGCGGCAGAUCCUUCGAUAAUUCACAGAAGCACCGACUGCAUUGUAGCGAAGCAACAAGAGUUGGCGAUUGGAGGUGAAUCCGAGUUGCUAAAAGGAGCGCCCUCGUGGAGCAAUGUGGCACCCAAACCGGUCACUGAACAUCCCGGAACGAGCACAACUGCACCCACCGUUAAGCCACAAACCGAGGAGGAAGCCAAAGCCGCGGCAGAGCUGGCCGCCAAGAAAUCACGACUGAAGCAAAGUCUGGUGAAGCGAGCCCGUUCGGUGGCGAUAUUCUCCCUGAAGUUGAAGGAACAACGCGCAAAGCGCGCCGAAAAGGCCGCGCAAGAAGCCAGGGAAGCUCUUCCAGCGCCGCCCCCGGGCGGUGAACUGUCGCUGAUUCCCAUCGAGCAACUGAUUCAAGUGGACGACGUUCUGAACCAGCGCAAUCAAACGCAUCCCGCUAACAGCACUAGCACCAAUAUCAGUAGCAGCAACAACGGCUCAGGAAGUACGUAAGACACACAUUACGAGAUAUGUUCUUUAUAACGGGCGACGGAGACGCUGCGCCGUCUACAGUCAGUGGCCCUGAGAUUAUGGUAGAGAAAAUCUCCCUGUACAGCAUUUAUGAAACAAAUAAUGAUACACACAUUCGUUACAUUGACUCUAGGGUGUAGAAUCAGGGGUAAAACUAAUAUAUCGUUGAAGGCUAAACCAGCAAAGCAACAAGAAUCGAACCUGUACAGUAUAGACGCUAUGGAAACAAACACAAACAAAUCGAACCAUUUGAGAGACAUUUUAAUUGUAGUUCUUUGCUAUAGUGAUUCGAUGUUUAGGAAUUUUACAUUAGUGAAAACUAGAAGGCAGAAAUAGCAGAUCAGAGAAAGUGUGGGAGUAGUAAGUAAAAGUAAGAACCUGAACGAAAGAGAAAAACGUGUGCGCUUAGGAGACAGCAGGUGGAGUCCAGACAAAAUUGUGAACUUCAUUUUCGUUGAUUCGCACAAUUUGCAAUAUUAACUCAGAUGAAGAUCAAAAUAUUAGCUGGAAAUAGAAAGAUAUUAACCAUUAUUUGUAAUUUCAAAAUUUGCGGCGGGACGUAGUGUAGAGUGCUUCUCUACACAGUAUUCUAGUAUUGAAACUUGUAGAUGGAAGAAAUGUGAACUGAAAAAACUAUAAAAAAGAAACGGGUGUGACCGUAGUUUUGGUAAUACAUAUACAAAAUUGAUUGAAA